UCUUGCCUCGUGCGACCUUCUCCCGACUCCACCCCCCCCUCUCUCUCUCUCUCUAGGCUCAGACACAGAGACAUGAAGCAGAGAAACGACACAGAGUUUUUGUAAGUGUCUCUGUCCUAAAACAACAGGAAGAACAAGAAAGAGGAACCCUCGACUUCUCUGCGUCUUCUUCCUCUUCAGAAUCUCAUAAGGAAAAAAAAGGAAGAACAAGAAAGAGGAACCAAAAAACUCUUGCAAAAAAGAAAAUGAAUAAACAUGACGUUAUGAAGCUUCAGAAGUGUGUCCUGAGGGUGAAUAUACAUUGUGAUGGGUGCAAACAUCAAGUGAAGAAGCUAUUACAUAGAAUUGAAGGUGUGUACUCAGUGGAAGCAGAUGUGGAUCAAGGAAGAGUGACGGUGACAGGGAACGUUGACCCGGCGGUUCUGAUCAAGAAGCUCGGCAAGUCUGGCAAACAUGCCGAGCUCUGCGGCGGCGGUGGCGGAGGAAAGGGUUUGCCAAAUCUGAACGCUCAGUUCAGUCAUCUCGAUCUGGGUGGCAAAGUGAUGAAUAUCAGCAAGGCCAAGGGUGGAAAAGACGAUCUUCCGGGAAAGGGUAAUGGUGGAGGAGGUCAUCCAAUGCAACAACUGGGUCCCCAGCAGAUUCAGCAGAUGAUGAUGAUGAAGGGUGUUAAUGGCCAUGGCAAUGGUGGUGGCAAAGACAUGAAAAUGCCCAAGGAGCAGAAAUCUGUCAAGUUUGCUGACGAUGAUGAGUUCGACGACGACGACGAUUUCGACGAUGAUGAAGAUGAAUUCGACGACGACGACGAUGAGUUUGAUGAUGAGGAUGAGGAUGAGGAUGAGGAUGAAGAUGAAGAUGAAGAUGAAGAUGAAGAUGAAGAGGUGGGACAUGGUCAUGGGGGUCAUGGGAAUGGUCAUAAUUUGCCGAAGCAGAUGAUGAUGCAUAACAAGAUGGCUCCUAAAGGACAUAAUGACAUCAUGAUGAUGAAGAAUGGGUUCAACAAAAGCGACGGCGGAGGUGGUGGCGGUGGUUUUGAAGUUCCGGCGAAAGCUAUGGGGAAGAGCGAGGGCAAAAAUGGAAAAGAAGACAAAAAAGGAGGAGAGAAGGGUGAGGAGGAAGCAAAAGAGAAGAAAGGGAGCGAGGGCAAAAAUGGAAAAAACGAGUCCAAACAUGGUGGCUUUCUAGGGUUUUUGAAGAAGGGCAAAAAGGGAAAAGGCGAUGACAAGAAAGGAGCCAAGAAGGCUGGCGGUGGGGGUCAUAAGGUAAAUUCAGAUGGUGACGAUGAAUUUCAUGAUUUCGGUAAUGGGUCUAAAAAAGGUGGGCUCAAAAUGGGCCAUGACGGUGGAGCCCAUGAUAUCGACGAGCUCAUGAAGCAAGUCAAGGUAGGCAACAAAGGCAAUCGCACCACCACCAACGGCUUUGUAGGCCCAAUGGGCCCGAACCCAAUAGGCCCAUUGGGUCCAAAUGGUCAUCCUCCGGCGGUUCACGGCUUUCCGAUGAACCCUCCGCCGCCGACGAGGUAUCAUCCAACGAACCAGCAGCAGCAACAGUAUAUACAAAUGAUGAUGAACCAGCAAUAUGGCCCGGCUCACGGCGGUUAUGGCGGCGGCCAUAUGCCGUACCCCGCCGUGAAUUAUGCUCAUCCGCCGCCGAUGCCGCCGCCGAAUCCCGACUCGUACACUCACUUCUUCAACGAUGAGAGCGCUAGCAGUUGUAGUGUCAUGUAA